AACAGAGCCAAUCAGAAGGCGGUAGCGAGAAAAACAGAUAAAGCAGCAUCUGUCCUGCAGUUUGCUGAUCAGUUUAGGUUUGACCUGGUAGGAUUGAUCUCUGAUGGAUUAUCCCAUUAUUUUGCAGCUAAACGUUUUAUUAGUCUUCAUAUCGAAUUUCUUCAGUGAAGGAGGAUAUUUGCCCACUCUGUCUAUUUGCUCUAAUAGAACGGAGGUUUUAAAAGAUGAAUAUGUUCUACUUCAGUGUAGAACAAGUUGCCCAAAGUCAAUUUUAUGGACAAAGGACAAUAAACAUUUACGUUACACUGAAACAAGACAGUUAUUCAUGAAAACUAAAGAGAAGGACAGUGGACUUUAUCAGUGUCAGUGUGAAAAUCAGAAAAGUAACACCGUAGAUUUAAAAGUCAAAGAGGUCAUCAUAGAAGUCACAUCCCAAACAGUGACUGAGGGAGACACUGUGACCUUUUAUUGCCUCACAAAAAGAAACAUGAUUUACUGUGAAUUCUACAAAGACCAAAGCUUGAUGAUCAGAAACAAUUACGAGAUGACCCUAAAUAAUGUGGCUAAAACACAUGAAGGGGAAUAUCAUUGUGUUUUAUAUCAAAGUCACUCAUUAUUAUCAUCAUCCAAGAUUCACCUCAGGGUGUCAGACUUCUUCCAGUCUGUCACGCUGUCCCCUCACCCCAGCUCCAGCGUGUCGGACACCUCCUCCCUCUCCCUGCUCUGUGACUCUCGUCCCAGCUCCCCCUUGGGCCAGGCUGAGAUCCUCUACAGUUUCUACCAUGGUUCACAGAUCCAGUCAAUAACCCACCAGCCCUGGUACAAUAUUUCCCAUGUCCAGUACUCUGUGACUGGUGGGAAAUAUCACUGUGUGGCCAGCAUAAAAGACAAAAACAUCAAGAAAGAAAGUAAUGCAGUGAAUAUCUACGUACAAGCUCUUCCUCUCUCAGGCGUGGCUUUGCAAACAUGGCCUCAGGAUGGAAAAGUAUCCGAGGGCAGCGAACUCAUCCUCGGCUGUUCGGUGGAAACUUCAUCCUUGCCCGUGUGGUUCAGCUGGUACAGAUCCAGAAACAAGUGGAGUGGCUUGGAAUCAGGGACUCUUGCCAGAAAGAAGUCACUCAAAAGGACAGCACAGAUUGUCCUGACCAUGAUGAAUGAAACCGACUCUGGAAAUUAUAACUGCUUAGUCUCUUAUGAAGACGAAAUGGAGGUGUCUAGCCAGUAUGCUAACAUCAGUGUACUUGUAUCGAUCACUGGUGUGAAUCUUUCCAUCUCCACUUCUGACCACAACACCACCCUCCUCUGUUCAGCAGAGAGUCUCUCUAGAUACCUCAUCAUCUCCUGGAUUAAAGAUGGGGCCCCCCCUUUCCAUCCCCCCAUCCCUCCCUUCUGCAUACAUCACCGAACUGGAGAAGCUGCAUAUCGACACGUCGCAGUCAGAGACACAUGGAACAUACCGGUGCAGCGUGUACAAUGAAAUGGUGCCUGGAAACAGCAGCUGGAGCAACGCUGUGGAGGUUUAUGGUAAACAGGAAGCUAAACUUGAAAUGGUGCAGAGGGAUCGUUGAGUGUGACCUAACUUUUUUCUGUCACAGAGAAAAAUAUGCCAUGCAUUUUUACUUCAAUCACAGCUCAACAAGGAGCAACACAUGCAGCCUUCUGUGUCAUAUCCCUCAGUCUGUUGGCAUUGAUUUCCAUUGGCUUUUUUGUAUUUUGGAAGAAACGCCCGCACUGCAAGGGUCAGUAUGUUGUGUUCCCAAUCAAUGCGUCUUGUGCAAUCCCAUUACAAGCACCGAAUUCUGGAGAAUAAUCACAGAUACCAGCAUGAGGAACAUAACAAAGAAUUUAAUGUCGAGUUUUUCUCCACUUAAGCAUCGCUUAACACCCUGAAUAGGAUGGUCUGCUGUAACAGUGUUCAUUUUGAAUUUCCUAUUCAGAAAUCGCACGUUCUCAUGUACCACAAGUUAUCCAGGAAGAGAACAGAAGAGACUCCUUGGGUCCAACCUUACAUUACAAUGUUCAGCAAGAUGAUGUUAUAGAGGAGGUGCAGUACGCAGCUGUAAACAUAACACAGAAAAACAGAGGCAGGAGAGAUGGCGGAAAAAUUAAAGAAACUUCUGGAAAUUCUGCUGUUAUCUACUCUACAAUCACACAUCCCAAACCCUCUUUCAACAGGCUGGACCCUUUAUACAGCAACACAAAAUCUGUUUUCAACUGAAUAUAUUGUAUAUAUUUGAAUAUUGUUGUAUAUACAUUCUAUAUAUAAACAAUUGCCCCCCCCCCCCCACCACACACACACACACACACACACAUACACGCACACACACACAAAGAAUACUGGAGCUCUCUUACACAAACUAGGUUGCCAAAGUUUUAACAAACAAUUUUACUGUUGCUUAUAUUACCAAGUGUUUUUUAAAACAGUAUGUUUUAUAAUAAUCCUUUAUUUUCACUGAAGCUGAUUUAUACACUAGUAAAAAAGUGCACUGAUAAGAAUCAGUGAAAAAUACACUAUAUUUUUCAUUCAUGCAUUUAACAUCAGACCUCAGGCUGUGUGUCACCAAUGGUCUCAAAUUACUAAACACAUUCCUUACCACCCUAGAUUUCUGACUAUGAGGGCUUACUAGCCCCUCCUGCAGUCCAGCAGCACCAGUAACCCCCCCCCCCCCCCCCC